UCACUCCCACCUCUGCCUUCUUCCUUCUUCAACAAUCACUCUUGUCACGCGCAAUGUACCUUCAAGCACCGAAUUUAAAUAAAUCAACGUUAAACGCAUACACCAGGAUCUAGUUAAUGUUCCUUGACUCUUAACCAAUUUACAACAAUUGUUUUUAUAUAUGAUUAACUAGAAACAUGUUUACAUUAUGGGUGAGCGUAGGGCGCGAUCGUGUACAUUUUAAAUUGUUGAAUUGGAGGAAAACCACCACUAUGCUUUUUCCUGAACUACUCCAGUUCGAGAGGGGGCGCUAUAUCAAUCGUCUUAACCAUGUUUGCAGUGAGUCGAUUGGUCAGUUUGUUUGUUUCACCAAGGCGGGUGGUUUGUUUUAAGACUUGACUAGUUAGCUGAACCAGCGUGAGUCUACAUUUACAUCGGAUUCUGUUUUUUAUUUCUUCAUCAGGCGAAAACUCUUUAAUCACUAAUGGAGGACCAGAUGAAGUCGUUGUUGCGUCAGCUUGUUCGACGGAUACCGAUUCGGUUUCUGAAAGUGACGCUGGAGAAGUGGGGCCGUUUGACGGUGGCUCAGCAGCAAAACAUCGAUUUUACUCAAACGAAAUGGGCGUUGGCGGACGAACUGAUCGCCUAUAGUGAGGAAAACAGAUUGACCCUUCGUCAUAUAACAGAGUUAGAGAUGAUAUAUGUAAUUGACAAUCCAAACCAGGGGAUGUGGCAUGCAUUCCAACUCGUGGACCCUGAAUCUGAUGCUCCCGCUGUUGAGUUGAUGCAGUUCAAGGAACAAUUCAAAUCUCACCUCAAUGAGCUCGUAAGAAAUGUGUCUGUCAAGAUGAAGAAGAAUACAGAUGAGGCGGUUUGGAUCCGCAUUGCAUGGGGGGACAGCUGCUCUCGGCCAAACAACAUGAGACCAACCUAUGUUGUUCACUAUCUUCAAACUCCUUAUGUGUUUGUGACCAGACUGACGUCCAAGCAAAAGACACUGUUGUCCCAGGCAAUGAUUAUAGCCACCCGACAUCAGGCUAUUAAGGAUGCUCACCUCAGUGGACGAAAUUUCUCAGCAAUUCGGGACCUGCUGAUGCAGGAGUAUGAACAGGUGUUCCCUGCGAAGUAUCCCAGCGCUCUUGUAGAAAGGAAUCAAAUAGCCGCACUCCCCAACAUAGAGCGAGAACAAGCUGAGGCUGAAGUAAACCGCCUUCAGAUGGCUUGUGAAGCGUUUGGUGGUGGCAAGUUACCCCAGCUACAGUCUGUAGUUUACAAGCUGGAGACCAAGUUCAAAGACCCAUCAAACCAGACCUUUACAGAACGAGAGAAACCAUUCAAUUGUGUCGUCACGUUUACAAGCAAGAAUUUGUUGGAGUCAUUACGGCACUGCGCUUCUUCAGGAAUUGCUUCCACUCCUAUAACACCUCUGCUUUCAUCCAUCCCACGAAGAGGAAGAAAUUAUUUCGUCAUCACAGACAAAGUCUCAGGACCUUCCUCACAAAUCAAUCCAACUGUUUAAUUGACAUUUUUGUGAUUGUUAACUAAUCCGCAUUCACUGAAAUUGGCUUUUUUAAAAAAAGUCUUUCACCGUGAUGUUUUUUUACAUCGUUUAUUUUAUAUAGUCAAUGUAAAUAGCGGUUUUAUUUUGUUUGUUGUUCAAAUUACAGUAUGAUGCAUAGAUUGAACUCAAUAAACAUCGAAACUAAUCCAC